CCGUUUCUGGGAUUUCAACAGUUGAGCGGCUGUGCUCAAUCUAGUCUAAUCUGACAUGAGAAAGCUGCCCACCCUCCUCUCAGGAAGAAACAUAAUUUUAAUGUAGGUGCAGAGGCGGGGCCGCACUUCUCGGCGCCUCUGCACUUCCUUGGCGCCACAUUAGCAGCCUCCGGAGUCCACCUAGGUACCGCGGGGGCAGCCUGGCAAGGCUCCAGGCCCGCGCCCCCGCCCUUCUCUCCGGGGUGGCUCCGCGCGGCCGGCGCCCUGCACCAGUCUUGCGCUCGCCUCCCUGCGGGGCGCGGGCAGGGCGCUCCGCCUCCCAAAGGCCAGCGGCGGCCAUGGCGGCCAAGGCGGCCAGUCAGGUCCGGGCAUGGGCGGGCGCCGCGCUCCGCAGGCCAGCCCACACCGCCCGGCCACCAGUCCCUCUCUGGGUCGGCACAGGGUUCCGACAGCGUCUGGGCCUCACGCUGGCCUCGGCAGAGGGAGACCACGGCGGGUCCACGCCCGGCUCGCAAGGUGGGCCCGAUGGAGCAGCAAAGCUGUCGGCGAGCGAAGAGUUAACUGCAGCGGAACAGCAGAUCGCGGAGCUGCACGCCGCCGCCUGCGCGACUGGCCAGCUUAACUAUGUGGACCCAGCUACUGGCUACAUGGUGCUCACACGGAUAGCCCACUUGCAGAGAGGUUCCUGCUGUGGCUCCGCCUGUAGACACGUACAAAGAGACAAGAAGAGAAAUCAAGAAUGUUGCAAACUAGAUCCCACAAAGCUUUUCUUUUAUUAUUAGCGGAAUAAAUAGAAAUUUGUCCAGCAUUGAGAGGUGGGUUUACUUAAAAUAGUAAAGAUUUCUUUCUUCCUUGCCCUCCCUUCCCUUCCUUUCAUAUCCUUCUCUUCCCCUGCAUCCUUCCCUUUUGUCCUUCCUGCUUCCUUUUGUCUUUGUUCCCACCCACCCCCCAGUCUGUGCUUCAAAUAGUCUGUGAAGUUAGAUUAACCUGAAUUUAGUGCUUUUCAUUUCCUAAUAUAUUUAUGUCAAUAGAUAUAUUUCUAUUUAUACUGAUUAAGAUGAACUAUACUACUGCCCUAUUUUGAUGAAAGAAAACCAGGAUUUUUUUUGAACUAUCAAAAGGCACAUCAUUAAGGUAAAUUGUUAUAGAGUUAAGAUUAUAAACUUAACAUCUGUAUACAGAACACUUUGUAUGUUUUGUUGCAAGAAGGUGUUAUUUCCUUUAACUAACCUACUUGAAAAUUAUAGACAUUAAAUGCAGGUAUUAAUCAUAGCCGGUAUUAAAAAUUUCACCCUUCACUUUUAUGUGUGCUCCUACCUAUGUCAUUAGCUGUUUCUAAUCAAAUGCAUAAGAGUUUCGAGUAAAUUGAGGACUUCAGUAUUUUCCAAGAGUGGAUUUUUGACAGUAAAAUGCUUAAGGUUGGAAGGAUGCAUUUAGGAAAUGGUUCUUGGACCUAAUUAGGACCAUUUGCCUGAGGUUGCCAUUAUUUUCCUCUUAGUCUGCAAAACAUGAUAGACCAAAUGAUCUAUAUAAUGUUAUUAGCAGUCUUUUUUUUCACAAGAAGUGUGUUUUUUCAAGAUGAUUAUUAGAUAACUCAGUAAUGCUAUGUAUUAUUUCUU